AUGGAAAAGGUCUCAAUUAGAAAAACAGUAUUGUUCGCCCAGAUUUGUAUCAUGCUAAAUGUUUCUCCCAGCAUUGCUUGGUGUCGAUUCCCUGCAUUUAGCAAGCUCCAACUUCCAUUACAAAUAAUAGGUCCCGAAGCUUCUGCUUUUGAUAGAAAAGGUGGUGGACCUUACACAGGUAUUGCAGAUGGCAGAAUAGUCAAAUAUCAAGGUCCAAAAGUUGGCUUCACUGAUUUUGCUGUUACAUCACCAAAUAGGACCAAGGCAAAAUGUGAUGGAAAAAAUGGCCCAGAAUUACAACAAAUAUGUGGAAGACCAUUUGGCCUUGGAUUUUACUACAAAACUGGUGAUCUCUACAUAACUGAUGCAUUUUAUGGACUCGUGGUGAUUGGACCAAGCGGAGGGCUUGUUACACGUGUUCCUAGCUUUCAGGGCAGGAAUUUUGCUUUUCUCGAUGCACUAGAUAUCGACCAAAGUAAAGGAGUAGUUUAUUUUGUAGAUUCAGGAGCUAUAUUCCUGACUGGCAACAGGACUAGAAUAGUUGAAAGCGAAGAUACAUCAGGGAGAUUGUUCGAGUAUGAUAUAGGAACAAAACAGGUCACAUUAUUGCUAAGUGGACUGUCAGGGCCAAUUGGGGUGGCACUCAGCAAAGAUAAUUCAUAUGUCUUGAUCACAGAAUAUAUUACUCAAAGAAUUCAGAGGUUUUGGCUCAAAGGCACAAAAGCAAAUUCAUCAGAUGUUUUCGCAAAUGUUGAUGGAAUUCCAGAUAACAUUAAGAGGACUGUGUUGGGGGACUUUUGGGUGGCUAUUUCCAACACAAAACAACCUACUACAUUUUCACUAGGACAAAGGAUCAAUCAAUUCGGAAGGGUCGUGGAAACAUGUAAUUUCACAGAUCAAUAUAAGAGUCCUAAUGGGAUAACUGAAGUUCAAGAAUAUAAAGGAAAGCUUUAUGUUGGGUCUUUAGACCAGAACUUCGUUGGUGUUUCUAGAGUUUGAUGUCUUCUAUCUUUCAAGAAUAAGCUUUAUGAUAUAAAGCAUUUACUAUCUACACUAAAAAAAAGGCUGUAGACCUUACUUACAGCAUAACAAUUGUAUUACCUGGACACUAAUCUUGAACUUACAAAUG